GUCCCGAGCCAGUGAGAUGGAGACAGCUGGGUGAAUUUAUCGACGUUUCCUCACUAAUUGUUACGAACUUUGUCCCUCCCGGUAGCAAAGAACACCAAUGGGGAACUCCUAUGCGGGCCAGCUGCGGACCACGCGCUUUGAGGAGGUACUUCACAACUCGAUUGAAGCGUCACUGAGGUCCAACAUUGUCGUGCCGCGGCCAGUUUUCUCCCAACUCUACCUGGAGGCAGAGCAGCCACUGGCACACAAUGGUCGCACGGAGAACGAUGAUGAGGACGAUGAAGAUGGCUCAGAAUCAAACAGUCCUCCAAUACCCUAUCAGAUGAAACCCCCGCCUGAGGGUUGCUGCACCACAGACGGGUACUGUCAGGCAGGCAGGGAUCUGCGUCUUUCAUCAUUGGCAUCAGACUCCUUAGAUGUGUUGCCGGGAUUCAUGCUGAUCGGGCUGAAGUCACCCGCCCUUCCCGAGAACCUUCUGGUGGGUGCUGUCGACCAUCGCUUCCUGCCAGAUGAACGGGGUCAUAAUGCUCUGCUGGGUUUCUCAGGGUAUUGCAUGGGCUGUGGAGAAAAGGGCUUCCGCUACUUCACAGACUUCGCCAACCACAUUAAUCUGAAACUCAGCACCCAGCCUAAGAAGCAGAAGCACUUAAAGUUCCACCUGUACCGAAACAACCAAGGUGUGCUGGUUAAAGGAGCUCCCAUCUGCUGGAGGGGACACGGUAAGAUUGAUGGCAGAAUAAGACAGCUGAGCUCCAGUCUCCCAGAGGCCCAUGCGACAUCAGAUGAACAGUCAACAAGCGGGGCGUUGAUGCAUUCCUCACACACGCCUAGCAGCUAUGCAGCAGCAUCUCACGCAAACGGCGCUCCUCAAAUCUCCGAUACCCCACACUCACUGACAAAUGGCAUCCAUGCCGCUUCUUCAGUCGCGCAGACGGUAAUAAAUCAUUCAGGACCGGGGAGACCAUCAGCUACAGGGUUGCAGACAAAUGCCGGACCCCCCAAAAAGAGGCAUAAGGGUUGGUCCCCAGAAUCUUCUUCUUCAAGUGGUUUGUUAGAAAACACAGGGAAGGUGGCACCAUCUUCAUCAGUUUUGCCAUCAUCGACAGUUAGCGCAAAUGGAGCCAGAUUAGAUGCAUCUGCCACUACGAGUUCCUCACAGAGGUCCUUAACCACACAUUCUCCCUCUGGGUUGUCUGUAGCUGUGCCUGAUCAGCUUUUACACACUUGUGGCCUACAGCCUGUCAUCUUUAAAGGUCAUGGCCCACUUCCUCAGCUGACUGGCAAUUUUAGUGAAGUGCUCGUCAGCUCUCUUCUGCAGAGUUGUUACUUGAGCUCUCAGACCCUCCCAAGAGUCUACCAACACUACGGACCGUCACCCAUUCAACCGCUGUCUACUGAGAUGCAGAUCCUCCUCACCGUCUACUACCUUGUUCAGCUUGGCCCCGAGCAAGUGCCUCUGAUUGAGGACUUGGAGCAGAUAUUCAUGAGGUCAUGGAGGGAGUCCCACCUCAGUGAAAUCAGACAGAAUCAACAACCUCAAAUACCAGCCACUCAAGGGAGGCACUACGGAAUUGAGGCACCUCCUGCCCUUCCAGGGCUCCCUCAGCAUCUUGGCUUAGCACCACAGCAGCCGCUGACUCCCAGCCAGCUUCCUUGGCUCGCCCAGCUAGCUGCGUCAUCCUGUGGAGAGGGGGUGGUGGUGUUGGGGGAGCAAGUGGGCUCUUUGGCUCAGGGCCUUCAGCAGAUGUUUAGAAAGUUGAUGGAGGGACGGUUCGAAAACACAAAUUACAUCGUCGUCAUUGUGACCGCUUCGGGGCAUGAAACACAGUCGUGUGUGGUAGUCACAGGUAAACACCAGUGUCGAGCCUUGGCUGAAAAUAUGUUCUCUCCCAAUGAGGGUUUAAGAGAAAUCAACCACCAGCUUUCCUCUGGUGACGCCCAGGAGCUCAUCCAGUUCUGCAGUUCCCUUGGACAAGAGGGUGAUAUGGAUUCCCUACUGGACAGUGCAACCUUGGACAGCAACGAACCCUCUCCCUUAUCCAGCAGUCAGGAAUCAACAGAGGAAAAGACUGUGAAAAACACACACAGUCCAAAAGAUUCACACAGCCCUAAAGAUAGAGUUCUGCCCCCUAAGGAAACUUGUUCAGAGUACGCUGUGGAGUGGCGUGAUAUCCGGCCCAUCCAGCUGGCGGUAGCCAGAAAGCUGCUGUCUCACGUUUGCGCCAUAGCAGACUCCAGCACCCAGAACUUGGACCUUGUCUCCUUUGACCGGGUCAACUUCCUCAUCCUGGUCCCUCCCUCCGAGGUCACGUUUCAACAGACCGUACUCCACCUAUGGAGCUCUGGUGUUCUUCGAGAACUUGGAAGUGUCGAACAAGAUUGUGUGUCUCAGCGGGAAGCGGAGCGCUACGUGGUCAAGAUGGAUCAAAGCGCUCAAGUGCGAGUUGACAGCUUGAUACAGGAAGCACACAGCAACUCCUAUACGCUUUACAUCCUGGUCCAUGACCACGCCCACUGGGAUGUCAGCAGUGCCUCUUACUGCAACACAGACACUGGUUUGGGUCUCGUGGACCAGCUACUGAAUUCCAGGCAGGUCAGAGAUGCUCCAAACAUCCUGAUUCUCCACGUUACAUCCUUCCCGUUCGCUCUGCAGACACAAUUCACACGCAUCAGCCCUUAUAAUGAGAUCCACUGGCCCUCUUCCUUCAGCAAUGAUGUGGACCUGUAUCAUGAGAGAACACGCUACUUUGGUGUGUCAGAGCUUUUAGAGUCGACACGCUCAGGAAGCAGCCUGCCUCUGAUGCGAUGUGAUUCGUCUUUUGAGAGCAUGGCAUCUUCCCUGGAGGAAAGGUUUCCUAAGCUGCACAGCGCUGUGAUCCGUACGACAGUUCUGAUCCACCACUAUUGCACAGCGCUGAUGGCUGUUUCCGGAAGAAUCGGCGGCUCUCACAAUCUUCACAAACACACAUCUGUGGAGACGCUGGGCAUCGUCCAGGCGCUGCUCAGUGCCGCCCAGCAAUGCCCCGCCCACCACGGUCACAUGAUCCUGCUGCGGAUCCCCUCACUGGCUCUGGCGGCGUGGGCGCAUCGGCGGCUGUCCCGAGUGAGGAGACAACUGGGUCUUGAGGAGAGUUUUGAGAUCAUAUUGGGGAAUCCGAGCCAACCGCUGAAUGUUGGACAUAGCUUUAUUGAUCAGAUUAAGCUAUGGCUGAAAAUCCAAGAAUCUGAUUGGGUUCCUCGUACCUACCUGGAGCUUGAAGCUCUUCCCUGCAUUCUCAUCCUGUCGGGAGCUGAACCUCAAGGAGAAUCACUUCCCAGGUCACUGAAGUACUGUGACCUUCGAGUGGUAAGCUGCUCCUAUCUUCAACGUACUACACUCGAGCAAGAGUUGGGACUUGCAGCAUACCUGCUGAAGGCGGAGUCUCGCUCCCCGCACAACACGGGGCCGGGAAGUGACCUGCUGGAGAGUGACGCGGAAAAACUCAGCAGCACCGACAAUGAGGAAGAGGAGGGCCAGGAAAACGGUAAAAGCUCUCCUGUGUCCUCCAACCAGCCACUCCAGUCCAGCCCAGAUGUUGGAGCAUUAGACCCGUCCCCAACGCAGAGCAGCACGUCGACAUCUCCAGAUGCUCCAAAGUGCACAGUGGACACCACCCCGUCCCCGUCACGGGCUCAGACUCAAUUUCCUUCCCAGUCCUCUUCUCAGUCAUUUAUAUACCAUCAACCUUCACUUCACCACCCAAGCCAGUCUAUUGCCCACACGUAUUCCCUGUCCCAACCCAUUUUCCAGCAACAAAUUCUGAGUCAGAACCAGUUAUUAGCCCAAACGAACUCCCAACCUUACUUCCAAACACUCCCACCGCACCAAGUCUCCCACCCGCCAACGCAAUCGCUGGCCCCGGUCCGGCCUCGUCGUCACCCUUCCAAAUCCACGUCUUCGAGCUCGUCGUCGCCCCGAGCCUCGUCCCCUCAUCUGAGCUGUUCUUGGGCACGGGGAGUGAGUCGCCCACCCUCAGUGCUCCUCCCCCGCUCGCUUUACGACAUCAUCACAGCCAACGAUGGCAGCGGCCUUCCGCGAUGUACCUCCUUCCUGCCGCAUAUGUCUGUAGCGUGGGCCAGCAGCUUCAGACCUUUGCUGAGUAAGAUGAUGACCUGCACUGAACAGUCACUGUACUAUCGCCAGUGGACGGUCCCCCGCCCUUACCACAUGGACAGCAGCAAUCGCACCGAAGGACGCAGCGACAACUUUCACCCUCGCAGGCUACUCCUCAGCGGACCCCCACAGGUGGGUAAGACAGGCGCAUACCUGCACUUCCUGGGUAUCCUCUCUCGGAUGCUGAUCAGGCUGAUGGAGGUGGAUAUCUACAAUGAAGAGGACAUCAACUUGAAUGUCCAAUUCGACGGGGUUCAUUACAAGCCACCCAACGCCUUGUGGCCGGACCCAGACGUGAUGAAGACUUUACCCUUUGAUUAUAUCGUCCAUGACCCCAAAUAUGAUGACAUCAGCUUAGUCUACUGCCCUGGAUAUAGACCAGCUUCUGAUGCCAACACUGUGCACCAGGAGGAAGUGUGCCUCAGGAGGCGCACAACCAGGAUCAAACUGUCCAAGUAUGCGGCCUUUAACACUUAUCACCAUUGUGAACAGUGUCAUCUGUACUUGGGCUUCAACCCCCGAUACCAGAUAUACGAGUCGACGUUGCAUGCCUUCACGUUCACCCAUCUGCUGCUUGGAGAAGAAAUCCAGCUGUAUUUCAUCAUCCCCAAAUCCAAAGAGCACUACUUUAGCUUCAACCAACCGGGAGGCCAAUUGGAGGGUAUGCGGCUGCCCCUCGCCGCAGAUCGGAGCCCAAACUGCAUCAAGAGUCCAAUUUUCACUCCAACCACGGGGCGCCAUGAGCAUGGUCUCUUCAACCUUUACCAUGCGAUGGAUGGAGCCGCGCACCUCCAUAUCCUGGUGGUCAAAGAGUACGAAAUGGCCGUUUACAAGAAGUACUGGCCCAACCACAUUCUCCUGGUGCUGCCUCCUGUCUUCAAUGGAGCUGGGAUAGGAGCUGCUCACUUCCUGAUUAAAGAGCUCUCGUACCACAAUCUGGAGCUGGAGCGCAGUCGUCGGCAGGAGGGCAGCGGGCCGAUCAGUGACGUCUGGCCUUUCAUCAUCCUGGCGGAUGACUCGUGCGUGAUGUGGAACGUCGUGGACUUCGACGCACGCAAGUACAUGCUCACACAUGGUCCAGUCGAACACGCCGCGUCACUGAAGCAGGUGCUGCAGCACAUGGAAGGCUGCCCAGACCUAGCCCACUACGGCCUGUGUGGGAUUAGGAAGUGGAGCAGUCGUGUACUCGCAGGCCCCAACCAGAGGAAGCCUUUCUCCAGAGGUCACGUCCAUGACUUCCUCCUUCUCAACGUGGACCGCAGUCAGAACAUCCAGUACGACCAGAACCGCUUCACUUGUCACGACAUCGACUUCACCCUACGGCUGCACAGCGCAGGACUGCUUGUCUGCCGCUUUAACAACUUCAGCGUCAUGAAGAAGCAGAUCGCCAUCGGGGGCUACAGGACGUUCAUUAUCAAAACAAAGAUGACGGACGUUCCCACUUCAGUGGGGCCCUCUCAGUACGUCUGUGCCCCCGACAGCAAGCACCUUUUCCUGGCCACCCCGGCUCAGCUCCUCCUGGAAAAAUAUCUCCAACACACCAGCCACAAGCUCUUUCCUCUCAGCACCAAGAACUACGAACACCCGGUCCUGUCUGUGGACUGUUACAUUAACCUGGGCCCGGAGGUGACCGUGUGUUUCGUGAGUUCAAGACCUCACGCCGUCAACAUCUGCACCACAGGAUUGCUCUUCAGCGGCCUUCUCCUCUGUUUCGCCGACGCCUUUGUUACCCCGAGCUUCCUCAAGAAGUUCUCCUUCCUCAAAGGCGCAACUCUUUGUGUGAUCAGCGCAGAUCGCAGCUCCUUGAGGCAGACGGUCGGCAGGCUGGAGUUGGAAGAGGAGUGGCGGUUCAGGCUCAGCGACGAAUUUCAGACGGCGAACGCCAAGGAGGACCGACCCCUCUUCUUCCUGACAGGAAAACAUAUCUGACCUGGAACAAACAAGAAGAAGAUUUUUCACUCAAUGUAUUGUUUACAUGCAUGUUGUGUGCUCUGAACUGAAAACUGCCAUUUGUAAUCUCAACAUCUGGAGAUUUCUCAGUGGGUUACCCUGGUUUUGCAAUAAAUAAGUGGGAUUUGUAUCAAAAGUGAUGCACUGACAAAAAAAAAAUCAUAAGGGUACUAUUGGAAAAUAAUGAAUUGAUGGAUAUAAUGUAGUGCUUCACAUCUUUGUGCACCUUCCCACGAAAUGAAUGUGAGAAAAACGAUGCAGGUACAAGCGUGUGCAAUGUCUCGAUGCAAUAUUCUGCAGCCUUACUUUCUGCAGACUUUUAACGACACAAUCAUUCAUUGUAUGAGGGUAGCCGAUUUUUGGCAUCAAGUGCUUUUUUUUCCCAGUAGAUGAUUUCUGUAGAGAUGUACAUGUAUUUGCAUGUUAAUUAUUUUUAAGAGUAUUUUGAGUACUUAUCUGCUGCAUGUGUAAGACAGUGGGUGUUGUCUCUUUGUCAUGAUUUAGACUUUGUAACGCUUCCAUUUAAUGUUGUUGUACUGCAAAUCGCACAUCACAAUGUACAGCUCCAAAUGCCUUGAAAUGUAUAAAUGUACAGAUAUUUUUAACUUCUAA